GGCACUCACUCCACUCUUUGACGCAGCACUACACAGUACUUUCGGAUCGCCGUCUGCUUCACAGACGGCUAUUCGUCUCACGACUUGCCCACCUCUUCUCCGUGUACAGACUCUCCAUAUCCCUAAGAUUAUCUGACUGAUCGCCCCCGGAACACAGCGAUCGUCCGGACGACUUCAAUAUCGAUCCUGUACACCUCAUAACCUUUCGUUCGUUCUUGAGUCACAAUGACUUCGUCAGUCUUUUUCAAGUGGAGGUCUCAAAAGGAGCCGCAACGUAUUGUGUUCGAUGGAACGGGUAUCACCGUCUUCGAGCUCAAACGCGAGAUUAUCCAGUUGAGCAACCUUGGUGAUGGAUCCGACUUCGACUUGUCGAUCUACCCCGAAGAUGCCAAUGAUGAAUACGACGAUGACACCGUCAUAAUCCCUCGAUCCACAACUGUUAUUGCUCGACGAAUCCCCGCCGCUCGACAUGGUCAUGGAAAAGCUGCUCGAUAUGUAUCCGGCCAUGCGCCCGUCAGAGCGAAGAAUGCAUAUCGAGGAGAAGCCCCAGCCAAAUCUGCACCCAGAAGUGCACCAAGUGCUGCAGCUGGGAGCAUGGCCACAGCCCAAACUGAAGAGGAGCGAAUUGCGGCGAUGUUCCAAGAGCAAGGCGAUCUAUGGGCUCAAACACAAGAAAAGAUGUCCAAAGAGAAACCGGUUUUUAACAAGAACUACAAAGGCCGACCUGUCAACAUCCCUGACCACGACCCUCCUCCUGGAUACGUCUGCUAUCGGUGUCACCAAAAAGGUCACUGGAUUCAAGUCUGCCCCACCAACGACGAUCCAAACUUUGACGCCCGUCCAAAAAUCAAACGCACCACUGGUAUUCCCAGAUCGUUCCUCAAGACGGUUGAGAAGCCUGUUGCUCUUACGGAAGAUGGUCUCACGGACACACGCAUGCCAACCGGGGUGAUGAUCAAUGCGGAGGGUGAAUAUGUCAUUGCAGAACCGGAUAAAGCUUCUUGGGAUCAAUUCCAGGCCAAAACAAAAGCAUCGGCGGUACAACAGCAGGCGGCAGAAGAAGGAAACAAGGAAUUGCGGGAACGCGGAUUGGAGUGCCCCAUUGACAAGCGAAUGUUCGUUGAACCAAUGAAAACACCAUGCUGUGGAACGACGUACUGUAAUGACUGCAUCGAGAAUGCCCUCGUCAACAGUGAUCUGGUCUGCCCUAAUUGCAACAAAGAAGGCGUCUUGAUUGAUGAUCUCGCCCCGGACGAUGAGACGAACGCGAAGAUCAAGGCAUAUGAGGAGGACAAAGCAGCGGAACGGAAAGCCAAGGAUAGGGAACCGCAGGACAAGGAGACCCCCAAAAGUCCUGUAUCAGACAAAGCUACUCCUUCAAAGUCCACUGAGGCAAAUGUUGCGUCAAACACUGAUGACAAACCCACCAAAUCACCCAGUGGCUCGCCUGAUCGAGACACCGCUGAACCCUCACGAGCCGAAAGCAAGUCCCCAGUCCCUUCCAAAUCACCCAACCCUACACCUGCAUCCACUGCGGAGCCUGCAUCGAACGGAACCACAGAUGGCGGCUCUAAAAAGCGGCCUGCGGAAGAGGAACUAAAGAAUGACCGCAUCCCUACCGGCCCUGCUGCCAUGCGCAAACAAGCCACGACACCAGCGAACCCUGCUGCCGCUAAAGCUGCUGGUAUCGACCAGUCCUUCAUUGAACAGAUGAAUGCACUUUCCGGCAACGGUGUUGUGAUGCCACCGGACGGACAACUCCAAUCAAACUUCUUCCCCAUGGGCAUGCCCACCAUGGGGUUCCCAGGCGGCAACAUGAACAUGGCGGGGAUGAACAUGGGGAUGAACGGGAUGAUGAUGCCGAACAUGAAUCCGAUGAUGAUGAACGGGCAGUGGAACAAUGGAAUGGGGUUUAACCCGGCCGCGAUGGGUAACAUGAAUGCGUUCAACGGAAAUAACCCGAACUUCAAUGACCCAGGCGGUAACAACAACUUUCGCGGCAAUAAUGGUCAGAUUUGGAACCCCGCGAGUGCAAACGUGCAGGGCAAUAGGAGCAUGAAUCAAACAAAUGGGAAAUACGGGGUCUUCCCUAACCAGCAACGAACGGUCUUCAGUGAGCCGUUUCCUAGCGAAGAGGAGAGCCCGUACUUCCGACAGCCUGUCAACCCCGGUAGACAUCAACACCGACAGAAGCGGGCUCGCCCGAGCGAUUAUCGGGAGCUAUGAGAGCACGCUCGACAACAGGAAACACCAGAAACGGGGAAGUAGAAAGGUUUCCCCUGGCCCUACCGGACACAUCUCAAUAUCUGAGAAC